AUGGGGAAGAUCACCUUCUACGAGGACCAGGGCUUCCAGGGCCACCACUACGAGUGCAGCAGUGACCACUCCAACCUGCAGCCCUAUUUCAGCCGCUGCAACUCGGUGCGCGUGGACAGCGGCUGCUGGAUGCUCUAUGAGCAGCCCAACUACUUGGGCUGCCAGUACUUCCUGCGGCGCGGGGACUACCCGGACUACCAGCAGUGGAUGGGCCUCAGCGACGCGGUCCGCUCCUGCCGCCUCAUCCCCCACGCUGGCUCCCACAGGAUCAGGCUCUACGAGAGGGAAGAUUACAGAGGCCAGAUGGUAGAGAUCACUGAGGACUGCCCGUCUCUUCAAGACCGCUUGCACUUCAAUGAGAUCUACUCCCUCCACGUGUUGGAGGGCUCCUGGGUCCUCUACGAGAUGCCCAACUACCGGGGACGGCAGUACCUGCUGAGGCCAGGGGACUACAGGCACUACCAUGACUGGGGGGCCACGAGUGCCCGAGUGGGCUCUUUGAGGAGGGUCAUGGAUUACUAUUGAAAUAUUUUUACUCUACC